AUGAUUUUAAGUUAUAUAUCUUCAAUGAGUGAUCAUAAGUUGAUUAGAAUUUUAAUAAAGAAUUUCUCAGAAAGUGUUAAACAUAUUAUUCAAAAUCCUUGGAAUUUAUCGAAUUUGAAUAUUUUUAAAGGUAUUGAUUGGACAAAUUCAAGAAAUAUUAUAUCACUUUUAAUUCCUAUUCGUUGGAUAUAUGAUUUAUUCUAUCGAUUGACAUUUAAUAGAAAAUAUUUUAAUCUAACAAUGAGAAUUAGACCAAGAGCAAUUGCUAAUAGUUUAUCAAGUGAAGAAGUUGAUGAAUUGGAAGAUUUAAAUAAUCAAGUACAUGAAUUAGCUAAGAGACACAUCAAGAUAUACAGAACAUUAUCAAAGAAAAUAGAUAACGAUAAAAAAUUCAAAAUUCCAUUCCUUACAACAGUUUAUAAAAAUGUAUUAUAUUUUAUGAAGAUCAAAUCAUCAAGUUUUAGUUAUUUAAAAUUAAAGUUAUUGAUUAAUUUGAAGUACACCCUUGCAUGUCUUAAACAUGAUUAUUCCCAUACAUUUUCUCACAAGAGUAUAAUUGUUAAAAGUCUAACUACAAUGUUAUGGCCAUUUCUAAGUUCAAGAUUAAAUUCAACCAUAAUUCUUCCAUUAUUAUCUUCGUUUACUUGGUUGAAAUUUAAUGAACUUUCAUUGGAUAAGAAAAUUUUAAUUGGAAAUAUAGUUGGUUUAGUCGGUGUUAGUAUAAUUAAAGAAUUAAUAAACUUGUAUCUUGUUAAAUUAAAAGUUAAACAAAUGGCAAAUAUUCAAGCAUUAAAUUUACAAGAUGCACAAACUAUAAAAGAAGUUUCUUCAACUAUUUUAGAAUCUACUUUCACUAAUGAUUCAGCCAUUGGAAAUUCUGGUAGUACUAUUGUUGUUGAUUUAGAUAAUGACGAUAUUGCAUCUGAUGAUGAAAUAAUUAUAAAUGGUAAUGACAAUAAUGAAGAUGAUGAUGAUGAUGCGGGUGCUGUUGAGUUUGGUCAGGUUGAUAGGAAUAUUGCUAGAUUAGCCGCUCAAUUGGGUUUAAGUGCACUUGGUGAUGAUUCUUUAUUCAAUGAUGAUUUUCCAGGCAACUUUCCUGGAUAA